AGGGCACCGCUUCUUCCGCGAGCGCUUAUCUGGGACGGACCGGCCCCCGGCGGGGUUGCCGUGGAUACGGAGCGAGCUCUGUGGGUGGAGAGACGCGCUGGGGCCCCGCCUUUGCUGUCUGUCUGCGGAGGGGGCUCCCAGAACCGACGCAAAGAUGAUGCUUUCAAGGGCCAAGCCUGCUGUGGGCGGGGACCUGCCGCCCACUGACAAAAGAAAGAAGAAAGGGAGGAAGAUUCCAAAGCUAGAGGAGCUGCUUUCACAAAGAGAUUUCACUGGAGCUAUUACUCUGUUGGAGUUCAAACGUCAUGUUGGGGAACAUGAAGAGGAUACUAAUUUGUGGAUUGGAUACUGUGCUUUUCACCUGGGUGACUACAAGAGAGCUUUAGAGGAAUAUGAAAAUGCGACAAAAGAGGAAAAUUGCAAUCCUGAAGUCUGGGUGAACCUAGCCUGUACCUACUUUUUUCUUGGAAUGUAUAAACAAGCUGAAGCAGCUGGAUUUAAAGCUCCAAAAAGCCGACUUCAAAACCGCCUCCUCUUCCACUUGGCUCACAAGUUUAAUGAUGAGAAGAAGUUGAUGAACUUUCAUCAGAAUCUUCAGGAUAUCACAGAAGAUCAACUCAGUUUGGCCUCAAUCCACUAUAUGCGAUCUCAUUACCAAGAAGCUAUUGAUAUUUAUAAGCGAAUACUGCUAGAUAACAGGGAAUACCUUGCCCUCAAUGUAUAUGUGGCCCUGUGUUACUACAAGUUGGAUUACUAUGAUGUGUCUCAAGAAGUUCUGGCUGUUUACCUUCAGCAAAUUCCUGAUAGUACCAUCGCACUCAAUCUUAAGGCCUGUAAUCAUUUUCGCCUUUACAACGGCAAAGCGGCUGAGGCAGAGCUCAAAAGCUUGAUGGACAAUGCUUCUUCCACCUUUGAAUUUGCUAAAGAACUCAUCAAGCACAAUCUGGUUGUUUUCCGAGGAGGUGAAGGGGCUUUGCAGGUUUUGCCCCCCCUGGUUGAUGUCAUUCCUGAAGCUAGGCUGAACUUGGUGAUUUACUACCUUCGUCAAGAUGAUGUACAAGAAGCUUAUAACUUAAUUAAGGAUCUGGAACCUACUACUCCUCAGGAGUAUAUCCUCAAAGGAGUGGUCAAUGCAGCCCUUGGCCAGGAAAUGGGUUCGCGGGAUCAUAUGAAAAUUGCCCAGCAGUUCUUCCAGUUGGUGGGAGGAUCAGCUAGUGAAUGUGAUACAAUACCAGGGAGGCAGUGUAUGGCUUCCUGUUUCUUCCUGCUUAAGCAAUUUGAUGAUGUCUUGAUUUACCUCAACUCGUUUAAGAGUUACUUCUAUAAUGAUGACAUCUUUAACUUUAAUUAUGCCCAAGCCAAAGCUGCAACAGGCAAUACUAGUGAGGGUGAAGAGGUUUUCCUUUUAAUCCAAAGUGAGAAGAUGAAAAAUGAUUACAUUUACCUCAGUUGGUUAGCUCGGUGCUAUAUCAUAAAUAAGAAACCGAGACAAGCCUGGGAACUUUAUCUCAAGAUGGAAACCUCUGGAGAGUCCUUCAGCCUCUUACAGCUCAUUGCUAAUGACUGCUACAAGAUGGGCCAGUUUUACUAUUCAGCCAAAGCAUUUGAUGUCUUAGAGAGACUGGAUCCCAACCCUGAAUAUUGGGAAGGCAAGAGAGGUGCCUGUGUGGGCAUUUUCCAAAUGAUCUUAGCUGGGAGAGAACCCAAAGAGACCCUUCGAGAAGUGCUCCAUUUACUGAGAAGCACUGGUAACACCCAAGUGGAGUACAUCAUCCGCAUCAUGAAGAAAUGGGCCAAGGAAAACAGAGUGCCUGUCUAAAGUCGCUCCAGAGUCCUCAGGAACAGUCAGCACUUCGACAUAAACUUGGAAAUCAUCUUCCUCAAGUUGAAUGUAGGAUGCAGGGCUCUGUUUUAUUGACAUUUCCUUCCUUGCCCUUCGAGCCUCAAGAUAGUGACUGGCUUGCUUAGACCUAGCCUCCUGGCUGAACUAAGAGGCGUAGUCUGUGCUGUGGCUCUGGUAAGAUCUGACUAGCAAUAAGACUUUGGACUUGUCUGGUGCCUUUUUUCCAAAAAUACUCCGAGUCCUCUUAUGUAAUUGACUGACUUGAAGGAGAAUGGCAUAACAUUUUUUUUUAUAUUAGCAUUCCACAGCAUUUUCUCCUAGCUGCAAUAACAAAUGCCUUUAAUACUCAAGAGUCACCAUCAUUCUGUCAUCUUAAUUUUAGCCAUCCAUGUACAUUAUCCCAUUUUACUGGGGAAUUCCAUAGAGUUUUGUAUUGCAUCAUUGA